AUGCAUUUUUCAUUGCUUUAUGAGUGCGCCUACAUCAGCAACGCUUUCCACAUUCGUAACAAUUCAAAAGUACAAUCCCAUCUGCGUUGUCCUGUAGAUUUCUCUCUCUCCAUCGAGCGAAUCGAUCCAGAUGGAAAGGAGAUUGGAGACAUAAGACAGCUAAGCACGCGCAUUAUCCAGCAGUGGAAUAUCCUAUUUCCUAACAGUCCUAUUCAUAGUAUUGAUGAUAUCACUCCAAAUACACUCAUUGCUACAAAGACAAGGUUUUCUAAGACCGCCAUCAUAAAAAGUAGAGAAGAAGUGGUUUUAGACCGUUCAUCACGUCAGAAGCAAAAGCUGCUAAUGGAAGUGGAGGUUUUGCGAACUCGUCUCAACCAACAAGAGGCAGAAUCGGCCUCUCUGACCGAAGAAAUCAACCAAUUUAACAAAAAGAUCGAAACAGAAGACAGCGCCCUUCAGCAUCUCCAGCAGCAGCGCCACGCUCUGGUCAACACCCUCUCUUCUCUCCAGACCCAAAAGCAGCGCGAGUCGAGCGAGCUGCAGUCUCUUCAGUCCGCCAAGCUCUCGAUUCUGGAAGAGCUCGUGAACCUCCAGCACACCAUCGCAGCCCACCGGACGUCCAUCGAAGCCCUGCAAAGCGAGAAGCGAUCGCAGAGCAGCCAUCUCGAGCAACUCCGCAACGAGCAGCUCCUCCUCAGUCACGAGCUCCAAGUGCUCCAGCAGCAGCGCCAGUCGCUCGCGUGCGCCGUGCAGCACACGCGCGAGCUGAUCUCGCAGAGCGUGGACUGCGCCAAUCCCACCGACACGCGCACGAGCGAGCUUUCGAGUGCUACGGCCACAGCUACAGCCACAGCCACAGCCACGGCCCUAGCUACAGCCACGGGGAUGGAUAGUGGAUUCGACUCGGUGACGGUGCGAUGGACGCGUCCGCGAGGCCGCCAGCGACAACGCCAAAGACAGCGGCAACUGCGAGGGAGCGGAGAGGCGUUCGGGAGUGUGCGAAGACCCAUCGCGAACGAUACGAAUAUCUUCGCGGAUGACUCGUUUUGGUGGUGUGUUUGUUACAAACAGGACGAGGAAUAA